UGACAGAUUCCCAAAGCAGUAUGCUCAGACACCUGCCCAAAUGGCACAAGAAAAGCACAAAUAAAAGGACGGCCUGUUUGCUGCUUUGACUGCAUCCCAUGUGCUGAUGGUUCAAUAUCAAAUACAACAGGAGCAGCAGACUGCACUCUUUGUCCUGAAGAAUACUGGUCAAAUGAGAGACGAGACAAGUGUGUCAUGAAAAUUACAGAGUUUCUAUCAUAUACAGAGACAAUGGGGAUUAUUCUGACUGCUCUGUCACUCUUUGGAGCCAGUCUUACUGUAGCGAUUAUGACUGUCUUCAUACACUUUAGAGAAACACCUAUAGUGAAAGCUAACAAUUCAGAGCUGAGCUCACUAUUACUUGUUUCACUGUUCUUUUGCUUUCUUUGUCCUCUUACAUUCAUUGGUGAGCCAACAAUGUGGUCAUGUAUGCUACGUCAUACAGCAUUUGGAGUUACUUUUGCUCUCUGCAUUUCUUGUGUUUUGGGGAAAACCAUAGUAGUUGUUACUGCUUUUAGAGCCACAUUACCAGGAAAUAAAUUGGCUGGAAAGUUUGGGCCAGUACAACAAAGAGUUAUUGUGUUCUCAUGCACUGCAAUUCAAAUAGUCAUCUGCGUACUAUGGCUUAUAAUAAACCCACCAUUUCCAGAAAAAGCUCUUAAGUAUUACAAUAAAAAGAUAAUUUUAGAAUGUAACACAGGUUCAGAUGUUGCAUUUUAUGCAGUUUUAGGAUAUAUUGGUCUUCUUUCAGCAAUAUGUUUGAUUUUGGCAUUUUUAGCUAGAAAACUACCAGACAAUUUUAAUGAGGCAAAAUUCAUCUCAUUCAGUAUGCUUAUAUUUUGUGUUGUCUGGGUAACAUUUAUACCUGCUUAUAUUAGUUCACCUGGCAAGUACACAGUUGCAGUAGAGAUUUUUGCAAUUUUGUCAUCUACCUUUGGCUUAUUGCUUUGUAUAUUUGUGCCGAAAUGUUACAUUAUUCUCAUAAAACCAGAGAAAAACACUAAAAAGCACUUGUUGGGGAAAUUUCAAAAGGCUAGCCUUUGA